GACCAAAUCCACGCACUCAAAGUGGACUAGUAUCCUGAGGUUUCAUUGGUUAAAAGGUGCUGUUUGUCGGCCAAUUGCUUCUCCUUUUGUUGGGCAACUAAAGCACAUUGGAGAGCUAGCGACAGACCUCAAGAGAAGUCAACACUGCAGCACCAUGGGGAUGUUAUCCACUCUGGUGAGGGGUCUGGUUCGAGGAGCAGACAGGAUGUCCGAGUUCACCAGCAAACGUGGUUCUAGGACUCACAACAAAGGACGUGGAGCGAGGCCCACUGGGAUUAAACUCUCCAGCAAUAAGUUUGUUGCCAUUAAAGCCAUGAUACCAGAGUUUGUGGUGCCCCCCCUGGAGGGUUUCCAACUCAAACCCUAUGUCUCGUACCGCAUCCCCAAAGGAACAGAGCCUCCACUGACUGCACAGAGUCUGUUCAACGAGGUGGUUGCUCCUCGCAUUAGGGAAGACUUUAAGAACGGCACCUUUAGUAAAGAAAACCUGGAAAAAUAUGGAUUUGAACCCACUCAGGAAGGAAAACUCUUCAAGCUCUAUCCUAAAAACUAUAUUCGUUAAAGGUAUACGGACUUUUUAACAAGAUUAAAAAAAAAUGCAGGUUCCUAAAAAUAUGUACCUUUGCCAGACCCUGUGGUCAAAACCUAUUGCAAUGUAAAAUGAUCAGACUUUAAUUACAGUUCUAAUUAUUUCAAUAUGUGUACUUUCACAAUAAAUACUGGUAUGUAGGUAACUAA